GGAGGUGAGAUCUUUGAGAAAGGUGGCUGGGAGGGGCAGUGAGGAGAGACACAGAAUACAGAAUGCCCUGGUCUCAGGGAAGACAGGAACCACCCUUGGGGAAUUGAGUAUCAAGGGCACUGGGUAGGUCUAUGUCUCCUUUACUGAGGCCCCAAGUUGAAUCUGAACCAAGAAAAUGUCCUAGAGCCACUAGAAGGAGCUACCGUGACUGUGUGGGGAGAGGAGGAGAUGGAGUGAAUCAGGAGGACGUCCCUGAAAACACUUGUACUAGAGCCAAGAACAUGGUCAGGAGUUAUCACAGGCUCAAAUCGGUUCAGUACAACGUGCCUGAGGCCACCUACGUGCCAGGCCCCAGGUUGGGCAGUGCUGGGGACAAAAAGAGGACCUGACCUGAGCUCCUUUUCCCCCAUCCUCAAGGGUCUGGAUGGGGGAAAAAAAGGACAGGCCAGACCUCAGCAUCUGUGGAGGCACAGUGGUGGGUGGGACACAGAGAGACACCUGUUAGAUAAUAUGGCCUCUGUGAAGAAGUGGGGGCUGAGCCUCAGAGGACAAAAACUAAGUUGGAAGAUGAGGGAAAGAAGGACUUUAAUUCAUUCCCAAAGCUUCCCAAGGCCUCCCAGGGACCAGACCCUGCACCAGGCAGUCCUGGGGAUCCAGAGUUGAGUCAAACCAGGCCCACCCUCAGGGAGUUGCCAGGCUGGUGGGGGAAGCAGACACCACUGAGAGUCAGGGGAGGUCAGGAAAGGCCUCAACGAGGAAAUGGGUCUGGAGAGGAAUGGCACACCUAGUAGGUGGAACAGCCUGAGCAAAAGCAUGGAGGCAUGAAAUUGCAGGAGAGAAAAUAGCGGCACUAGCUGUGUCUAGAAGGACAAGGUCAUGGGAGACUCGGGCAGAAAGGCUGGAAAGGCAGAAACCACUCAGGUCCUUGAAAGUGAAGCUGAGGGGCUGGACUUGAUCCUGGGAGUGCCGGGGAUCUAAGAAAGGCUGUGCAUGGGAGGGUACAGUCAGCUCUGGAUGUAGAAAGACCCUCUGAGCCUUGGGUGGGGGACAGGCUGGGCAGGAGGGGAACCCAAAAGACCAGACAGGAGACUAGACAGGGUCUUGACCAGGGGCCUUGGGGCUGGAGCGAGAUCUGGGGGCCGGGGUCAUGGUGCUGGGGGAUGACAGGCUGUGGGAGUAUCCUGGUGCCCAGAGGAACGGUGGACCCUCCAGAGAUGGGGGACCUGGACCUGCAGUGGGGGGAGGGGGAAGGGGGACAUGUGGAGUAUCAAAAGAAGUUUCUUAAGCAGCAGGUGGGAUGAGUUUGUGUCUGGAGGGAUCCCCGAGGGCGAAGAGGGGUCCAGCCUCAUCUCAGUUCUCUCUCUCUCUCCUCCAUGACUGCAGCUGAGUCCUGGUCCCUCCUCUACAAUGUGGCUUCUCCUCACCUUUUCCUUCCUGCUGACAUCUACAGCACAGGAAGGUGACAAGUUGCUGAAAGGUGAGGAGUGUGCGCCCCACUCUCAGCCAUGGCAAGUGGCCCUCUACGAGCGUGGGCGCUUCAACUGCGGUGCUUCCCUCAUCUCCCCACACUGGGUGCUCUCUGCAGCCCACUGCCAGACCCGCUCCAUGAGAGUGCGCCUGGGUGAGCACAACCUGCGCAAGUGGGAUGGACCAGAGCAACUGUGGGCUGUCUCUCGAGUCAUCCCACAUCCUGGCUACGAAGCCCGCAGUCACCGCCAUGAUGUCAUGUUGCUGCGGCUGGCCCGGCCCGCUCGCCUGACCACCCAGGUGCGCCCAGUGAUGCUACCCACCCGUUGCCCUAGCCCCAGUGAGGCCUGUGUGGUGUCUGGCUGGGGCCUGGUGACCAACAACGAGCCCGGGACCACAGGGAGCCCAGAAUCACAAGUGAGUCUCCCAGAUACACUGCAUUGUGCCAACAUCAGCAUCAUCUCAGACACAUCUUGUAACAAGGACUACCCCGGGCACUUAAUGAGCACCAUGGUGUGCGCAGGAGCAGAGGGCGGAGGCACGGACUCCUGUGAGGGUGACUCCGGGGGACCACUGGUCUGUAGUGGAGUCCUGCAGGGCAUUGUGUCCUGGGGUGACGUCCCUUGUGAUACCACCAAGAAGCCUGGAGUCUAUACCAAAGUCUGUCACUACUUGGAGUGGAUCAGGGAAAUCAUGAAGAGGAACUGACUAUCUCGGCCUACCUCCUGUGUCCUAAGCAGAAGCCCCCA